CGCGUAUUGAAGAAAAAAGUCGUCUAGGACCAAUGAUACUGAAGAAACUUGUCUAUUGGAAUGUAUUCAAUGUAUUCGAUUACUUAUUCAUAAUGAGGUGGGGUUACAACAGGUGAUAAUGCGUCCUAGUAUUUUACACCAGUUACUUUUCUCAUUAUUUACUGCCUUGACUGCUGUCCUUGUUGAUCAUGGUCAGCGUGUACAAAAUGAAUCCACUUCUCUCUUUGGCAAAUCACCUUCCUUGUCCUCUAUUGGCUCUCACCUUUUACCUUCCUUUUCAACUUCGGCCAUUACCAAUGUACAGACUCCUUCCAACAAUAACAAUACUAACACUAACUCUUCAACUAUGGAUUCUCUCAACAAAACACAAACAACAUUGUUCAAGAUAUGCUGUCAAGUAUUCGAAGUAUUCAUUACCCUUUGUCUCUUAUCUCAUCGAUCAUAUGAAGCACUUUUACAAACACUCUCUGAAAUUCGUGGUGAACAAUAUCGAUUUGAGCGUAUUAUUCGAAAUCUUUGUUCUUUUCGUUUGGACCUUCCUGUGGUGGAUCCUUUGGUAUGGGAAUGUAAAACAAGUGCUCUGACCUUUUUCAACGCCAUUGUCAACUCUUCUGAAAGUAUUGAAACAAGGUGUGCUUUGCGAACUGAACUAGAUCGACGUGGAUUUGAUGAAUAUCUUAAGAUUUUAAGAUCAAGUUCAUCUAUCACCAAUCAAGUGGAAAAUCAAAUCAAAAUGUACCUGAAAGACAAGAAAACCGAUUUAGAUCUCAUUCGCAGUGUGGAAAAUGUCAAACGACAAAGUGUGUGGAGUCAUUCCGAUGAUAUUAUUUUGUCAGCCCUCAAAUCAUUGAAUGACGAUCCUGAAAUGUACUAUACUGUGGUAGAUACCUUAUGGGAAUUAUUAAAACUUGGUCAAGACAAACUCGGUCAAGAUAAAAGUCUUGCCAUGGAUAUUUGGAGCAUUAUCAAGACUUUGGCAACUACGAUGACUUCUGUCAAAUCAAACGGUGAUUUCCAAACUCUAGUAUUACAAUUUCUGCAAUCCACACAACCUAUUGUUGGCAAGUUACCUAUUGAAAUGCUAAUUGAUGGAAAAUGUAUUGAUGAGGAUUCCGCUCCUGCUGCCAUGAUGGAUGCUAGCAAGAAGACAACCAACUCUCUGGAAGACUUGGAAGGUUUACGUAAUAAAGUGGAAGAACUCAAGGAUACUUUACACUCUACUGAAGAAUCACUGACCAAGAUGCGGCGAGAAAAGAAUGAUCUUGCAAUGAAGGUCAAGGAACGUGAUAACAAGAUUAUAUCAAUGCAACAGGAACACCAAAGGGAGAUGUCAACCGUUCAACAUCAACUGAAACAACAGCAACAGCAACAGUAUCAACAACAACAACAACAACUAUUGUCGCCAAAAUCUCCCACUACUCCUUCACAAUUGUCAACUAUUCCUUUACCACCACCGCCACCUCCUCCUCCUCCACCACCACCACCACUUCCUCCUUCAGUUGAUCCAUCAUGUGUAGCCAGAAGAAGAAGUAUGAGAAAACGAAGUUCUUCAAGAUCCUCCAAGUAUUUGCACCCAUUAGCUCUGAAUCUCUGUUUCCCUUCAUUGAAGUCUCUACAUGAAAACAACGUUACCUCACCUACAAGUCCAACAUCUGCUUUGACAUCAUCUUCAACAUUAUCAACAGAUAUGACUAUCCCCGGUAUUCCUCCUCCACCUUUCCGCCCAAUGGUUAUGGAUGAUUCUUGCUUGCAACACAUACCGACGAUCACUAUGAAACAAUUCUUUUGGUCCAAGCUCCCUCAAGAACGUAUCCGAAACACUGUUUGGAAAGAAAUAGCACCCUCUGAACCUAACAGUAACGAGCUAUCAAUAUCCACUACUUUCGACAACGAAGGGAACGAAUCAACAGUACAAAAGAAUGCAGCGGAACAAGGUGACGCAACCGUUGAAUUGGAUACUGUAGAAUUGGAACGUUUAUUCAAGAAAACGCAGGGCGUACGACAGUAUUCAAAUAGUCAUCAUCAUGAUACUCCAUUGGAUACACCAAAACUUCGAAAACAAAAACUGUUGACCUUGUUGGAAUUCAAUCGUGCGAACAAUAUUGCUAUUAUGCUUGCUCGUAUCAAGUUGACGUACCCUGAAAUCCGUGAUGCCAUUUGGAAUAUAGAUGACAACCGACUGACCAUUGACAAUCUUAUGGCCAUCCGACAAUAUAUUCCAACUAAAGAAGAAAUCGAAAUCAUCCAAGAAUACGAUGGCGAUCUUGAUAUGCUUGGCAAUGCUGAACGAUACUUUAAAGCGAUUAUGUAUAUUCCUCGAUUGGCUGAUAGAAUAGGUUGUAUGAUCUUCCGAAGGAAAUUCCAUUAUGAACUCCAAGAAAUAUUGCCUGAAUUGGAUAUCUUACAGCAAGCCAUUGAUGAACUUCGCCAUAGUCACAGAUUUAAAAAAGUAUUGAAAACAAUUCUUGCUAUUGGAAACUAUUUGAAUGGUCAUACUAUUCGAGGUAACGCUUAUGGAUUCCAUUUGGAUGCUCUGUUGAAGAUGCGGGAUACCAAGGCUGAAGGUGAAGGUGUUAGCAAUUUACCAACACUUCUUCAUUAUCUGGUCUACUUUUUAUCCAAAACUGGUCAAGACGUGGUCGAUUUCAAAGAUGAUGUGAUUCAUUUAGAAGCUGCGGCUAAACUAUCACCACCAGCGUUGUUUGCUUCGGUCAAUACCCUUAGUGGAAAUCUUUGUCAAAUUAGAGAUGAACUCAGCAUGCACCAACGAAAACGAAUGUCUGCUCUACAAAUUGAUCGAUUUACGGAAUCCAUGGAGGAAUUCUUGAUUGAAGCCGAACCUAUAGUUAACAAUGUGAAGAAUAUGACAAGAAGAAUUGAAGAUGAAUUGAAAGAUUUGAUCAUGUAUUAUGGUGAAGACCCUGCCGUGGUGAAAUCUGAAGACUUUUUCUCUAUCAUCUACACUUUCUCAUCUUCUUUCGAAAAAGCCAAGGUAGAAAUUCAUGAAGCCAGAGAAAGAGCACUAAGAAGACAACGACAACAGCAGGAAUUACUCAAGAAGAAAUCCAUGGAUUUAUUAGCGUCUCCAUCACUGUCAACAUCAUCUACACUGACUUAUUCAAAUCACAGUAGAUCAACCUCAUAUGGGGACUUGGGUAUUGCUGGAGAACGACCAUCUACACCUAGUACCAUUGCAACCAUGACAACGACGACAAGUAGCCAAUGUCCGAAUGAUAAUGAUGAAGGAUUUGAUCAAGUUUUAAGAGAAUUACGUGCUGGAUUGAAACAUGGUGAUCAUUCAUGGCGAGUGAAACAAUUGAAGAAGAAAACUAUUGACCAUUGUGAUGAUCAAGUGCUCAAAGAUCAAGUCACUCCUGAUAGGACUGCCUCCCUGACCACUGUUAUAGUUUGAUGUUAGUUUAUCAUUUACUAUUUUUAUUCUUAUUAUUAUUAUUAUUAUUUCGAAUGCUUUUGUUUAUUCCAAUACAUCCUAUUCGUAUUUUCAUAAUAAACAUUUUAC